AACAAAAGGAAAAGGGACUGCCCGUGGAGCAGCAGCUGCCUUGCAGCCUAGGGAGAAAAGGAGAGAAGAGUGGGACGCUCUGCAUCCUGGUCCGCCUGCGCAGCACUGAGCCUGUUCUGUCACUCUGCUGGAGGUGCCUUUGAGCUGCUGCCAGAUCCCAUUGUCUGUGUCCAAAUGGAGCUCAGCACCCCGCUGCGAUGAGAUGCACAGUGUGUGAAAGGAGGAAGGGAUGGAGCUGCAUCACUACCCUGAAGGAGCAUGGCAAAUCUGUGUGCUGUGACAGUCUGAGUGCUGGACCAUGCUGCUCUGCUUUUCUCUGCACACCAUCUUCCUCACUUCCCUCUCAUCGUUCUGGGAUUUCAGGCAGUGACAUGGAAGCUUUUCACAGAGGAGCUGCAAGGCAACAUAGUUUCUGGGGAGAAGAGGGCUGUGCUUUCGGGAUGUGUCUGGGACUGAACUUUGCCCACCACCCACCUGUAGCUGCAGUGUGAUGUACUAGCUAGUGGUCAGUGGUGCUCACACUCAGCAGUGAUGCACUUUCCUUUAGCAUGUAUUUCUUUACUUCUCUUCCAUUUGUCUGCACUUAAAAUUCCAGCAUCCUACGGGUUCGCAAAAUGAUCUGAGAGAUUUUGGCAACACCGAGUGAAGGGAAGGUGGCCACUGCUGCUAACAAUGGUUCAGCCAUCUGUCAACUGCUCUGCCCAGCUGCCCCUUUACGGAAGGGCCAGGUCACUUGGUACGUGAACAGCUCUCAGGAUUGAUUUCUUUCUUGUGGCUCCAUGUCUUUCUUUGGGCUGCUGGCUGUCAGACCCCUUUUGACAGAGUAACUUCAUUUGAGGAUUUCCCUUUUCAAGGAUGUGAAGAGAAGAUGCCAUCAUGUGAAUGCGGAACAGCUAGAUGAGAAACAGGGCGCCUGGGAAGGCUGAGCUGAAGUUGCUUGUGCGCAGGAUAACAGACUGAUCUGCUGCAGGGAACGAGAUUCAGGAAACCCCGCUCCUCCAAAGGACUUUCCCAAGCAACAGGAGAGGUGCAGGAGGAAGCACACAAAGAGCGAUGGGAAUUGAGGGCCAUGGUUACUUGAGAUAAAUGGCAGAUCCCUGGGAGUCUCACGUUGUAGCUGUUUGCUUUAGCUUUGUCUCUCUCCGCAGCUGCUGUUUCUUUUUCGCAAGCUGCUGCUGGGUGCUGCCGUGGCGGCACUGGAGGGUUCAAGAACGCCGUGGGUGCAGAGUGUGAGGAGGGGGUGAGCAGCCCGCCUCACCAUGAUUCAGUUGUGGAAAGUAGUGCGGCACGUGCGACAGCUGGAGCUCCACAGGCUGAUCCUGCUGCUCAUCGCCUUCAGCCUGAUCUCCAUGUGCUUCCUGGCUUACUACGUCACCAACAGCCCCAAAAUCAAGGAGCCACCACCCCUGCCCUUCAGUGACUGCAGCAACCAGCACCGCAUCUUGAUCCCACCCCAAGCCAGCUGGAGGCUCACAAAAUCUGUGGACACUUCGCGCACAGAUCCUGUGGUGCUGGUCUUUGUGGAAAGCAUAUACUCCCAGCUGGGGCAGGAAAUAGUGGCAAUCCUGGAAUCCAGCCGAUUUAAAUACAGGACAGAGAUUGCCCCUGGCAAAGGGGAUAUGCCUACCCUGACGGACAAAGACAGGGGACGCUACGCUCUUAUUAUCUACGAAAACAUCCUUAAGUAUGUAAACCUGGAUGCUUGGAACCGAGAACUGCUGGACAAGUACUGUGUAGAGUAUGGAGUAGGGAUUAUAGGCUUCUUCAAAGCCAACGAGAACAGCCUGCUUAGCGCACAGCUCAAGGGUUUUCCCCUUUUUCUGCAUUCCAACCUGGGGCUGCGGGACUAUCACAUCAACCCGAGUGCUCCCCUGCUCUAUGUCACGCGGGCUAACGAGGUGGAGCAGGGUCCCCUGCCUGGCGAUGACUGGACUGUGUUCCAGUCCAAUCACAGCACCUAUGAGCCAGUGCUGUUGGCCAGCACAAAGUCCUCUGAGUCUAUUCCUCACCUGGCCACCCACAAAGCAUUGCAUGCCACGGUGGUGCAGGAUCUGGGUCUGCAUGACGGGAUCCAGCGGGUCCUCUUUGGCAACAACCUCAAUUUUUGGCUGCACAAACUCAUUUUCGUGGAUGCCAUUGCCUACUUGACUGGCAAGCGCCUCUGCCUGACACUUGAUCGCUACAUCCUCGUCGACAUUGAUGAUAUAUUUGUGGGAAAAGAGGGCACUCGCAUGAAAGUAUCUGAUGUAGAGGCUUUACUGAGUACUCAGAACAAGCUGAGAACUUUAGUCCCAAACUUCACCUUCAACCUGGGCUUCUCAGGGAAAUUCUAUCACACAGGUACAGAUGAGGAGGAUGAGGGGGAUGACAUGCUGCUCACACACAGGAAGGAGUUCUGGUGGUUCCCUCACAUGUGGAGUCACAUGCAGCCUCACCUUUUCCACAAUGUCACUGUGCUAGCAGAGCAAAUGAAGCUUAACAAACAGUUUGCUGUGGAGCAUGGAAUUCCCACAGACUUGGGCUACGCUGUGGCGCCCCAUCAUUCUGGAGUUUAUCCUGUCCACACGCAACUCUACGAGGCAUGGAAAACUGUUUGGAGCAUCCAAGUAACAAGCACAGAGGAAUACCCACACCUACGGCCCGCCCGGUACCGCCGUGGAUUCAUCCAUAAUGGAAUCAUGGUCCUGCCUCGACAGACCUGUGGUCUCUUCACUCACACCAUCUUCUACAAUGAGUAUCCUGGUGGUUCAAAGGAGUUGGACAAGAGCAUUCGUGGUGGUGAGCUCUUCCUGACAGUGCUCCUGAACCCGAUCAGCAUCUUCAUGACCCACCUGUCCAACUAUGGGAAUGACCGUCUGGGACUGUACACCUUUGAGAGCCUGGUCAAGUUUGUGCAGUGCUGGACCAACCUUCGCCUGCAAACACUUCCCCCUGUCCAGCUCGCAAAGAAGUACUUUGAAAUCUUUCCCCAGGAGAAGAAUCCCUUGUGGCAGAAUCCCUGUGAUGACAAGAGGCACAAGGACAUCUGGUCCAAAGAGAAAACGUGUGAUCGACUCCCCAAGUUCCUCAUCGUGGGACCUCAGAAAACUGGCACUACGGCAGUGCACUUCUUCUUGACCAUGCAUCCAGCUGUCACCAGUAACUUCCCAAGCCCAUCCACCUUCGAGGAGAUCCAGUUUUUUAAUGGACCAAAUUAUCACAAAGGAAUCGAUUGGUACAUGGAAUUCUUUCCCAUCCCCUCCAAUGCCAGCACUGACUUCAUGUUUGAGAAAAGCGCCAAUUACUUUGACACAGAGGUGGUGCCGAAACGUGGCGCAGCCCUGCUGCCUCGAGCCAAAAUCAUCACUGUCCUGAUCAACCCUGCUGACCGAGCCUAUUCGUGGUACCAGCACCAGCGAGCUCACAGUGACCCCGUGGCACUCAAUUACACUUUCUAUCAAGUGAUCUCUGCAAAGUCCCAGGCACCUCCAGAACUGCGCAACCUGCAGAGCCGCUGCCUGCUCCCUGGCUGGUAUUCCACCCAUCUGGAGCGCUGGCUGACAUACUACCCCUCUGGGCAGCUUCUCAUCGUGGAUGGGCAGGAGCUGAGACACAACCCUGCCUCCGUAAUGGACAGCAUCCAGAAGUUCUUGGGAGUCACGCCACUCUUCAACUACACCCAGGCCCUCAGAUUUGAUGAAGCAAAAGGAUUUUGGUGCCAGCUGCUAGAUGGAGGGAAGACGAAAUGCCUUGGAAAGAGCAAAGGAAGAAAAUACCCUGAUAUGGACUCCUCGUCACGGCUGUUCCUAAGAGACUUCUACCGGGAGCACAACAUUGAAUUAUCCAAGCUGAUGAACAGACUCGGGCAGCCCCUUCCAACCUGGCUCCGAGAGGAACUACAGAACUCCAGCUGGAGCUGAGGGGGGCUCCCUGCUCCCUGUGCCACUGGGGUGUGUGGUGCUCCAGCACAUGCUAUGAUGCCAUCUCUUGUCAAGCCAAAAGAAAUGGACAGAUGAGCAGGAGCCAAGAAUGUGCAAGUGGAGCUUUCCCCACUGCUGGGAAGGGAAAGGCUGCUUCUGACGUGGCCCUGGGGCACGAGGUGCACGUCACAUUCUUGAAUAUUAAUGGUGUGUUACACUUCAACUUUUACUUACAGGAAGGAUUUGGAAUGCCUGACCCACUUUGAGCAGGGGAGGGAGCAUGGUUAUUGCUUCAUGUUUAAACUCUUCUCGGUAUAUGGAAUGGGCACGAGCUGCAGGGUUAACGUGUCCAGAUGUAAAAGGUUUGUGAGGUGAGCUAUUGAGCCCACAGCUGGGAAAAGCAGCAGCAGUGUAACGAAAGGGGAAUCCAGCCCAGUGAGCCGCAGCUUUUAUCCAGCAGUCAGGGGCAGGAGCGCCUUGGUCCUCUCUGUGCAGAGGCACCGUGGCUGUGGUCAUGACUGACAGUGCCGCUGCUCAUGGCUGCUGGGGCCUGCACUUCCUCAGAGCCAGCUGCAACACUCAGAUCGCCUCUCCUGACCCGCACCACAGAUGGUGCAGUAGUGCCCAGUGACCACGCAGGUGGAUGAGGCAAAGGGCAGACAGUGACACAGAAUUGAUUUGUUGUCUUAGGGUUGACAUUGGCAAGUAUUUCUUUGUCGGAACUUCAGCCAUCUCACAAGGCAACCAGGAGCAAUUUGUCUCCUCGGCGCACUCUGAAGGCAGUGUUAGCACAGCACAAGAGCUGGGGGCAAAGCAUGGGGGUUCUGUAGUAUCAGCUGAAAGCAGACAAUGCAAUUCCCCAUCUCUGAUGAGCUUCAAAAAGAAAGAAAGGCAACGUUGCUCUCUGUCCAACAGCUCCAGGGCCUCUACCACCCAGGCUGGUAGCGAGCACCUCUUUUAAUGCUCCUGCAGUCCAACAAUCCAAGCGGAAAAGCAAAAAGACCUAGUUAAAAGAAGUGUUGUUCAGAGGUAAAGGGAAGGCUUGGAGUUAGACGUCAUCUCCUCUACUCACAAAGGGCUGUGAAUUCACUGCUGCACAUGUAAGCACGCUGCGGUGCUCUGCCGCCUCCUGCGGCUGCUGAAUAGCUGUUCUCAGAGGAGAUCCUCCAUCAUGGCUCUACCUGUUUUCUGCUGCUGAGCCAGGGGCUUCAGGGGCUGUGUGGGCCAUCGUCCUUCGCUCCCUAGUCCUUGAGGAUCACUGUAGCUCCAGAGAACAGAGGGGCGGGAUCCACGUGAACUCAAGACUAUGAAUUCCAAUUCCCACAGGUGUCAUGAGCUCCUUUUCUCUUGUCCAGAGAGAAGUUGCUUCAACCAAGCUUUUCCAUUGAGCCUUAGGUAUUGUGUAUUUCUGAAUGAAUGGUGCAUUUACCAGUGUAUGUAAAUGUAUAUAGUAUGCAAUAUAGUAUUUUAUUUCAUGUGCCCUUGGAAAGGGGGAUUUUGUGCAGCCAAAAAGAGGACAGAGACUAGAAAGCCCUCUCUCACUCCUGUUGGAGAGAAGAGCCUGACUUCCUGCACUGGAUCCAUGUACAGCGUCAUUCACAUUGAAUGAUAAUGAAGAAAUUCUUGGCUCUCGAAGCUGAGCACAAGUGUCUGAAUAAAGGCUAGAAGUAGCAGUAAGUGGAGAUUCAAUAAAUGUACUACUUAUUUUUCUUCUU